AUGGCUCUCUUUGCUAACUUUUCUGUCAUGCGCGCUCUCUCUAAGUUUUCUGCCAUAAGCUCUCUCUCUCUCUUCAGACAUUUCAAUCAUGAGCUCUCUCCACAUGUUUUUGUUUCUCUCUCCUCCGUGCUAAAUUUUUCUGUCAUGCAUGCUCUCUCUCUGCUACUUUUUUUGUCAUCUAUAUAUCUCUCUCUCUGCUACUUUUUCUGUCAUCGUGGAAAUCUCUCUGCUACUUUUUCUGUCAUGCACUCUCUCUCUGUGCUACUUUUUCUGUCAUCGGUCUCUCUCUGUGCUACUUUUUCUGUCAUGCGCACUCUCUCUCUGUGCUACUUUUUCUGUCAUGCGCACUCUCUCUCUGUGCUACUUUUUCUGUCAUGCGCACUCUCUCUCUCUGCUACUUUUUCUGUCAUGCGCACUCUCUCUCUCUGCUACUUUUUCUGUCAUGCGCACUCUCUCUCUCUGCUACUUUUUCUGUCAUGCCCACUCUCUCUCUCUGCUAACUUUUCAGUCUUGCACUCUAUGAUUUUCUAUCAUGCAUUCUCUCUCUCUGCUAUUUUUUCUGUCAUGCCCACUUUCUCUCUGCUAUUUUUUCUGUCAUGCCCACUCUCUCUCUGCUAUUUUUUCUGUCAUGCCCACUCUCUCUCUGCUAUCUUUUCUGUCAUGCCCACUCUCUCUCUGCUAUUUUUUUCUGUCAUGCCCACUCUCUCUCUGCUAUUUUUCUGUCAUGCCCACUCUCUCUCUGCUAUUUUUUCUGUCAUGCCCACUCUCUCUCUGCUAUCUUUUCUUUCAUGCACUCUCCCUGCUAACUUUUCUCUGUUGCGCUCUCUCCCUGCUGCCAUGCGCACUCUCCCUUUGCUAACUUUCCUGUCUUGCACUCUCUCUCUGCUAACUUUUCUGUCACGUACUCUGAUAACUUUUCUGUCAUGUGCUCUUUCCCUCUCUGCUAAUACAUGUAAGAAGCUCGUCUUCAUUUACCUUCUCCUUAAUGCAACCAAAGCUGCUAGCACUGCUGCCAAACGAACCAAAGAACUUGGUUUGACUGUUAAUGAAUCAGUUAUAAAGCCAACAAGAGACAAGGUUAUUGAAGGCAAAUUCAUUAAUGAAGUCACUACAACUAUGUCUGAUUGGGCAGAUAAAGUAAAAGAGGGCACUCUGCUGAAUGACGUUGGUACCUCCAUGAGCGGAUUUGCUUCUAAACUCUCUUCUGCAGGCACAAAAGGUUGGCAGGGUUUAUCUUCAACAUUAUGGGGAGGAGAACCGAAGACAACUCUUGCCACUGCUGACACUAGCCCAGGGGAGAAAACCUCCCUUCUUGGAGGAGGCAAUGCAUCACCCACAAAGGGGAGAGAUCCCAGCAAGAAUCGUCUGCUGUCAGAAGAUGAUGAUUCAUGGGGAAGUUGGGGUGCAGGGGACUGGCAUCCUGGAGAAAGUGGUAGCAGUAGUAGUGGCAGCAGUGGAAAACUUCGGAGCCCACCCUCAGAGUUUGAUCCGGCUAGUUCUUCCCAUGCUACUACAGCUGCUGCUCAGAAGAAAAAAGAAAUGAAUGAUCUUGAAAGAUGGCUCAAUGACAGUAGCAUUGACACAGACAGCCCUAAAUUGCAGUCAAAAAAGACACCGUCCAAGAAGUCCGAUUUCAAUUCUGAUUGGGAUGAUUGGCAGGUGGGCAGUGCCCAAGGGUCCCCCAUGUCCACCAACACUGUAUCAUCAACCCAGAGCUCAAUGUCAGGGAGCAAGAAGAAAGUAUCACCUAAACCACAGCAAAAUAAUAUAAACAAAAACAGAAUUGAUUGGGAUGAUAUGUCAGGUUGGAAUGAUGAUUUCACAGGCAAGCAGAAAGAACCACUUGUGGGAAAUUUAGUAGAUCUGAGUACCACUGAUUCCAAUCAAAUACGAGAAGAGUCUGGCUGGGACAAUGAAGUAUGGGCUCAAGAGAGUGAUGAGGAUGAAUGGCAGUCAUUAGACAGUGGACAACCAAACACAUCAAGACUCAAGUGA